AUUAGCAUGUAAGCGGUCAAACAAAACGACGCCUUAAUAAGUACAUCUUUCUCACCUUCUUCCCAGACCGAUCCAACUUUCCCUGAAUCGUAAAUUUUCCGUCAACCCAAACGGGACAUGGCUCUCUCCACCUCCAUCAGCUCAUUCUCCAAAACUCUAAAGCCCUCUCUUCCAAAACCCACAAUCUUCAGCCUCCUCAAAGCUCCUCCCAACACCCACAUGCUCAAGCAGGCUCUUCGUCUCAACCCUCCACCCCUCUCUCUCAUCUUUACUGCCAAAAAUCUCAAACCCAAUCUCCAAUUCAAGCCUCACUACAGCCCAAUCCGAUCCCUCUUCACCGGAAUCGUGGAGGAAAUGGGCGAGGUCAGACAUCUAGGUUUCGCCGACGACGGCGAAGGAUUCACCAUGAAAAUUUUCUCCAAAACCGUCCUCGAAGACGUCAACCUCGGCGACAGCAUUUCUAUCAACGGCACCUGCCUCACUGUCACCCAUUUCGACACCCAGUUGUCCGAAUUCACCGUCGGAUUAUCUCCGGAAACGCUCAGGAAAACGUCGUUAAUUGAGCUCGAAGCUGGGUCACUGGUCAAUUUGGAGAGGGCCCUGAAACCCUCGACCAGAAUGGGAGGGCAUUUCGUGCAGGGCCACGUCGACGGCACCGGCGAAAUCGUCGCCACCGAGAGGGAAGGCGACUCGCUGUGGGUGACGGUGAGGACGACGCCGGAGAUGUUGAAGUACAUUGUACCGAAAGGGUUUAUCGCUGUGGAUGGGACUAGUUUGACGGUCGUCCAGGUGUUUGAUGAAAUGCAGUCGUUUAAUUUCAUGUUGGUGGAUUAUACCCAGCAGAAGGUAGUGAUUCCACUGAAGAAAAUUGGCCAGAAGGUGAACUUGGAGGUGGAUAUUCUUGGCAAGUAUGUGGAGCGGCUUCUUAAGUCUUCUUCUUGAUACAAAGGGCCACAAAAGCGGCAUUAUUAGCUUUUGCCUUAGAGGAACACAUUUGGGGGAGCAAAGACGGGUUUUGUAAAAUUAACACCCUGUUUGGAAUGAAUGAACUUGAAUUGUGGAAUUCAUUUGCAAAUGGACUCUCAUGUUUGGUAUGCCACAACUUAAAACAUGGAAUUCAGAUGAAUUCCACAAACUCCGGUU